AUGCAGGAUUGGUGCUCCUUCCCGCUUUACAUCAACAAGAAGACGUGGACGUCAGUUUUGGAGGCUCCUGGGUCCCUGGUUGCCUUAGAUGUGGUGCUUCGCCACCUUGUGCAAUUGGGCUUGCGAAGUCCAUCAGAGCAAGCUCAGGCCAUGCUGGCCGCACUUUGUGUUCUGCGGGAUUUGAGGGAUGACUCAAGCAGUUCCAAGCAAAUCCCCGAUGCGAUGAAGCUCAGAUCCAUCUUCCUGAACGUGAAAGCUCGGGUCCAUACAUCUAUGUUCAAAGCGAAACAGGAUGGCGAUCAGAUGUUGCCUCAUGGACACCUAGUUGCACUACCUGCAAAUCCAAAGGACGCGCCAGCUGGACUUCUCUCGCUGGCCUUUCCAGACGGCUACGAGAGCGAGUCAGACUCAGCGCCGUUCUCUCUCAUGGACCUUGCCAACGUUGCCAGGGAGAUCUCUCUACGCUCGACCAACAGCAAGGUGGUGCAGGACGUGUUGCCAGAGAAGCCGCCUGCGUCAGCAGAUCCACCCCUCCCUUGUCCUGCGCUUUGUGACCGACCGUCUUCGCAGCCUUUAGAGAGCGUGCCAACCUUGGAAGCCUUGCCUUCGAAGCCUUCUUGCGCGCCGGAGGGCUUGCCAACCUCGCAGGUGCAGGACGAGAAGGUGAAUGACAUGGCUCCACACAAUCGUGGCAUCUCUCUUGCUGAGAGCGUGGAAAAAAUGAAGGAAGCAAGGGUGAAGUUGAAGGAAGGCUCAAACCAGUCACAUGGUCCUGUGAUGAAGAAGCCAGCCAAAGGACCUUCCAACCCCAAGUCCAAGUCUUUGGGCAGCCUGGCUUCCAAGUGUGCCACGCAGCCACCAAAAAAGCCGAAGCAAGGCUUUGGACAGGGAGUCAUGAAGAGACCGAGCAUCGCAAAGGCUGCUUCCAACCACAAGGCCAAGAAUGACGAGAGGAAAAGGCUGAGGGAAGAGAUCAUUGCCAAGCUGGACGAAUCUGUCAUGGACGACGAUGCUCCCACGUCAGUAGCGCUCUCCGAUGAAGAGGACGCAAUGUCGCCAGCAUCCCUUUCAGAAGUGAACCCUUUGGAGGCUAUGCUGGGAGACGAUUGGCAUGGGCGAAUUCAGAAGGACCUUGAGCUGAAGGCCCAAAGCCAGAAGGAUGUUGAGCUGAAGGCCCAAAGCAAGGAGAACGAUGCUGAGCUGAAGGCUCAAAGCAAUGAGCAGGUUGUUGAUCAGAACGCCCAAAGCAAGGUAACGCCACCAUGGAGGUCAAUGACAAGCGAAGUGCCCUCUCAAGCUGAUGUUUGCGAAGUGCCGCCAUGGGGCCAAGCGAGACGGCGCGCCAAAAGGGCUAGAGAGCAGGAUGAGCCAGCUGAGGAGCAGGCGCCCUUCACCAAGGAAGUUGAGGAACCAGCUGAGGAGCAGGCGCCUGAGCCGAAGCAGGAAGUGGAGGAGCAACGUGUCCCUGCCGGCGCUGCUCUCCUAGGCUUGUGGCCAAAGCGGAUGGCAAAGCCGUCAAGACCUGCAAAGAUGGAUGUGGAUGGCCACACAGGGUUGCAUGCUAAAAGCAUGGCAAGGCCAAAGGAGCAAAUCGUCCAUGAUGAUCAGCUGGCCAACUUUCGAGAGGACAUGAAGCAGCUGGCCGAAGAGCUCGGCUGGUCUAGGAGGGCUCUAGAGCAGUUCUGCGGAAUGGAGAAACGCAAACGCGGCAAGAAUUCCCGACCAUGGCAACAGUGUGACUGA